AUGAGUGAUAUUAAAACCACCCCUCUUGACUACAAGAGUAACAAUAGCUUAAAUGUAAUGAGUUCUAAUGUAUCCCAACCCAAUGAGUUAAUAAAUAUUAGUACAAAUAAUAAAACAGCUUCUCCCAGUACUUCGUACGUAUCGGCAGUAAAAGUAGUCCCAAAAAUCACCUUCCCAAAAAAAGACCAAGCAAUAGUACUUCAUGCAGAAGACAGUCUUAAAUUAUUUGAUUAUGUGAAAGCCAUAGGAGAUAUCAUAGGACCAAAAAAUAUCUCAUUUGCAUCUAGAAUAUCCAACAACAGAAUAUGUAUAUAUUUAGGCAGCACCGAAUUGGUAGAUAAUCUGGUAAAAUCUCAUUCUACAAUCCAGUUACAAAAUUUAAUUUUAAAUGUUCGCAGACUCAUAUCCCCAACAAAAAGGAUACUUAUCUCAAAUGUUUCUCCGUCCAUACCUCACGAAGUUAUAGAAAACGCCGUUAAAAAUCUUGGAUUGCACCUGGCUUCUCGAGUAUCCUUUUUAAAGGCUGGUUUUUCCGAUGAGUAUAUCCAUAUCCAAAGUUUUAGACGACAAAUAUAUGUAUUCCCUACUUCUGAUAAUUUCGAAAUACAAACAUCGAUUUUAAUUUCUUAUGAUGGUGUUGAUCAUAGAAUUUUUCUAUCCACUGACAAAAUGGAGUGUUUUAUAUGCAAGCAGAUAGGCCAUAUCUCAACCACAUGCCCUAAUGCUGCAUCUAUCAAUAUUCCCGUUAAUCAACCGUUAAAAGAAGUCGACAGCUUAGAUUUAAAUUCAUCUCCCACAUCAAAUGAGCAGAUUGAUUUUUCUUCAACGCAGAUGACAAGUACCUCGAUGAUACCCCCUACCAAUCAAAUAUUGAUAGAACCAUGUGUCACAGACUUCAAUCUUACCCCAUCAAGUAUACAAUAUAACAGUAAUACUCAGGCAGCCAGUCAAAAAAGGAACCAUUCGGAAACAAUAUCCUCCUGUGAUCAGCUUAGUUUACCUGAUAACAUAUGUUCUCCAACCCUUUUACCAACUCCUGAAUUAAUGCCUCCACCUAAUGAUUUGUCUGAUACUACACGACAUAUUAAUAGGAGAAAGAAGAAACGCAAAUCCUCAGAACCGAGACUUACUGAAGUUUUGAAAAAGAAUAUUGAAGAAGCCUACCAAAACCUAAACGAGUCUUUUAUCCUCCCCAUUGACAAUUUUAUUGCAUUUUUGGAAAACACUUUUAGAAGCAGUAACCCUUAUGAUGAAGCUAUCAAAUUUACAAAAGAUAUUAAAAUUCUUCUUUCUAAUAUAUAUAGUAUAUACCCAUUACUUGAAGAAAGAUCCACCAAAAAUAAAUUUACACGGUUAUAUAAAAAACUGAAGAAACAACUGGAAGCUGAAACAGUCGAAUCGGGAAGUAACAGUGCGACACCUAUGUCAACCACAGACCUAAGUGAUGAAGAGGUUUUAUCCGAUACUUCUUUUAUUUCAUUGACGCCAAAUUAGACAUUCUAAUUUUUUCAUAAAAUUUAUUAACAUUCAAAUUAAU